AUGUCUACUAAACUGUUCUCUGUUAACAACACCGUUUUCAAAUGUUUGAACACCGCCCUGAACACGCGAGGCUUUAGCGUUGGAGCUGCUUCCCUCGGUUCAGUUAGUUUGAAGGGUCGCAGCUGUCUCACUCUGAAGGAUUUCAGCUCAGAGGAGAUCAAGAAGCUGCUGUGGGUGUCUGCGGAUCUGAAACACCGGAUCAAGCAUGAAAAACAGUAUCUUCCUCUUCUACAAGGAAAGUCGAUUGCAAUGAUAUUUGAGAAGAGGAGCACCAGAACAAGAAUGUCCACAGAAACAGGAUUUGCUUUGCUGGGCGGGCACCCCUGUUUCCUCACCUCUCAGGACAUCCACCUGGGAGUGAACGAGAGCAACACAGAUACAGCAAGGGUUCUCUCAGGACUCUGUGAUAUUGUCUUGGCACGAGUGUACAGCCACUCCACACUGGAGGAGCUGGAUAAGGAGGCCUCCAUCCCCAUCAUUAACGGUCUGUCUGACCUCUACCACCCAAUCCAGAUUAUGGCUGACUUCCUCACUUUACAGGAGCAUUAUGGGUCCCUUAGUGGACUAACGGUGAGCUGGAUUGGAGAUGGGAACAAUGUCCUCCACUCCUUCAUGAUGACUGCAGCCAAACUGGGAGUUCAUCUUAAGAUUGCUACACCAAAGGGGUAUGAGCCAGAAAAGAGUGUCAUUCAAGAGGCUCAAAGACUCUCUAAAGAGCACGGGACCCAGCUUGUUCUGACCUCUGACCCGAUGGAGGCCGCCCACGGCAGCAAUGUCUUGGUCACUGACACCUGGAUCAGCAUGGGGCAGGAGGAGGAGAAGAAAAAGAGGCUCAAAGACUUUCAAGGUUACCAGAUUACGAUGCAGACAGGAAGUGUGGCCAAACCAGACUGGACCUUCCUGCAUUGUCUGCCCCGGAAAUUGGAGGAGGUUGAUGACCAGGUAUUUUACUCAUCGCGCUCCCUCGUCUUCCCCGAGGCAGAGAAUAGAAAGUGGACCAUCAUGGGUCUGAUGGUUUCUCUUCUGACUGACUACUCUCCACAGAUCCCCAUGCUCAAGUUUUAAUUUCAGGUCUGAAGGUGGACACAUAUUAAUUAAUAUGAUUUAUGCAGAGUUCAUUGUCAGAUUUUACCCAUUGAGAGCACCAUCACAACACAAGAUGGAUUACCCCAAAGUAACUGUGUUUACAUUGUUAAAUUUACUUUUUGAUUUAGAGCAAGGAUGACAUUGUUUGUCUUUGACUGUUGCUGUGCAAUCAUUACAAAGUUAUGUUGACGUUCUACAUGUACUGUGACAGAGAGCGAGGAUCAUGGCGGUGAUAGCAGUGAAGGUUAUAGUGGGAAUGUAUUUGUUAGAUGUGUUACUGGAAAGGAAAAGAUUACUGAGCCUUUCUUCAAUGUGUUUAAUGUUGUCUUGACUUCACAAGUAGCAUAAACAUGAAGAGAACCCAGUCAGCUCGAGCCGACCAAUCACAUUCCUUGCAGUCUUCACAUGCUAUUUAUGAAGCUGCUGUAACCCCAACAUCUAGUUACAUUUUUGAGGACAUGCACAUUGUUUAUGCCUAAGCCCUUUAAUGUACAUGUAUGAAUCUGGUUUUACUGCCAAAUUCCUUGUUAACACCACAAUCCUAAAUUACUGCACCACUUUAAAACAAACAGAGUAUACCAAAUCAGUUUGUAAACAUCUGAAACAGGCUUUUGCUAACGUAAUGCAUCAUACAUAGCAUUAUGGAUUAUAUGGUGUUUAGCAAAUGGGCUGAAAAAUGGACAAAAACAGCCGUAUCUCAUAUGAUUAAACCUUACAUUUUUUAUAUCCUUUUAAGUCUGAUUGUAUACAAAUGUGCCUUUUACAUCAUGCUCAUCACGUGUUUAAUGCCCUCUCUGAGUGUUGUGUGUUGUCUCUCGAGAGCCUGUGAUGCAUGAAUGAUGAAACAAAACUGAGAGAAUCAAGUUAUUGUUCACAAACUAUAAAUAAAGACGUUACUCUCUGUUCAUAAUUUGAAGCAAAAGGC